AUGGGCUGGAAUACUCAUGCGUCGGGCACCAAUGAUCCGCCUGAGGUGCGGAACUGGCGAAUCCACCUGAUUGCCACGGUGGCUAGCAUGUCCGCCCUCGCCAUCGGAUAUGAUACUUCUGUUAUUGGAGGGAUAGGUACCAUGGCAUUGACCUCUUUCAUGAGGGACUUUGGCCUUGACCUCGUCGAAAAGACCCAGCGCGACACCAUCCAGGGAAACAUCGUCUCCACCUUCCAGGCUGGCUGUUUCUUCGGUGCUCUGUGCACCUUCCCCAUCGCUGAGAAAUGGGGUCGUAGAAAGACCAUCAUGGGCGCAGCCCUAGUCUUCCUCCUCGGCGGCGCCCUCAUGACCGCCGCAAACGGCAACCUCAACAUGAUCUACGGCGGAAGAGCCGUAGCUGGUCUCGGCCUCGGAGCAUCCUCCCUCACUGUCCCCGUGUACAUCAGUGAAACAGCUCCGCCGUCCAUCAGAGGUCGUCUUGUCGGUAUUUUCGAAAUCGCCUCGCAGGGCGGUGGUAUGCUUGGCUUCUGGAUCAACUACGCUACUGACCGCACCAUCGACGUUAACACCAAGACCCAGUGGAUUGUUCCGCUGGCGGUGCAGCUUCUGCCGGGCUUGGGACUUGCGCUCGGUAUGCUUUGGUGUCCUGAGUCGCCGCGCUGGCUGGCGCGUGGUGAUCACUUUGAGGCAGCGGAGAAGAUUCUCGCCCAGAUUAGAGGUCUUCCGGCAGAGCAUGAGUAUGUCCGUCGAGAGAUGGGCGAUAUUCGUGCGCAGGUUGAGGAGCGCAGUACGAAUAAGAUGAGCAAGAAGCAGCAGUUCAAGAAGCUUUUCCAGAAGGGCGUGCGUAACCGCAUGGGUAUCGGAAUGGCUCUCAUGUUUCUGCAGAGCUUCACUGGUGUCAACAUCAUUACCUACUACGCGCCCCGUAUCUUUGAGAGUCUUGGAAUUCCUGGUACUUCAUUGAAGCUCUUCUCCACUGGCUUUUAUGGUAUCUCCAAAACCCUCGGUAUGGUUCUCUUCACCUUCUGGGUCGUUGAGAAGGUCGGUCGUCGCAAGGGUCUCAUUUGGGGCGCUGCGCUUGGUUGUAUUCCUAUGUGGUAUAUUGGCGGGUACGUGAUGGAAGCCGAUCCCGCUGCCGCAGCUGCAGCUGGCGUUGUGAACCGCGAUGGCUGGGGAUACCUGGCCAUCGUGUGCGUCUACAUCAACGCCAUCAUCAUCUGUGCGACAUGGCAGGGUAUCACGUGGACCUACGCGUCCGAGAUCUUCCCCCUCGACAUUCGCAUGCUCUGCGUAGCCAUCACCACAGCCGACACAUGGCUCGGAUCAUUCAUCAUCGCGCGCUCAACACCCUACAUGAUUUCAGACUUGGGCUACGGCGCCUACUUCUUCUUCAGCUCAAUCCUCGUAUGUAUGGGCAUCUGGGCGACGUUCUUCGUCCCCGAAACAAAAGGCAUUACCCUCGAAGACAUGGACGCGCUAUUCGCCAAACCCGUGUACAAAACGGUCUGGGCACAGAUGCGCGGCAAACCGGUCCUGGAAGAAAAUCGCUCCGAGUCUCCAUUCGAAGACGACGAGAAGGCCCAUGAGCUAAGAAUACCUUAG